GGGGCACAGGAGGCUCUGGAAAUCAGGGCCUCAGCUCCUAUGGAGGCACAGCAGGAAAUGACCACCAGUGGCGAAGGUGGCAAAGAACCCCAAGAGCACCUGGGAAGCUGGGCGAGAUCAGCCUCGGUGGGCUGGUUGGCUGGGUGUCAAUUUGUCCAGGUCUGAUUGAUCAUUUCGGGAAAACAGUCAGUCGGGACUGGGCUUACAGACCAAGGCCUAGUGACCUAGAUCCAGCCACAUGGAGGACAUCGUGGUGGCUGCCAAGAUUCCUUUCCUCUCUCAGGACGCUGUGGCAGGAGAGCAGAAGGAUCGGGCCCCGGCAGAGGAGAAAAGGGAGUCACUGUGCUCAGUCACUGUCCUCACUACUGAGCUAUAGCAGUGGUCAAGGCCAGAGGUCAAAGCGGAUUUUCACAGCAGCGGCUGGAAACCAGGAGACCACCACCUGGACCCUUGAGUCUUCUUCGAGGGGCCCAUCAUAGAAGAUUCCACCCCUGGGUGUUUUGCAGGACGAUGCUGGCCCUUCAGCGAGCUUCUGCUCUCCUGGUUCUGUUCCUCUCCGCCUUUGUGCCCCCGCCACGGUGUGCUCAGGACCCAGGCAUGGUGCACUACAUCUACCAGCGCUUUCAAGUCUUGGAGCAAAGACUGCAAAUAUGUGCCCAAGCAACGAGGGCAUACAUUCAAGACUUCCGCGAGUUCUCAAAAAACAUAUCCGUGAUGCUGGGGCAGUGCCACACCUACACAAGCGAGUACAAGAGCGCAGUGAACAACCUGGCACUGAGGGUGGAGCGCGCCCAGCGGGAGAUUGACUACCUAGAGUACCUUCGGGAAGCAGACAUGUGCGUGGAAUCAGAGGACAAGACGCUGGCAGAAAAGCUACUCCAAGAAGCCGAAGAAGAGAAGAAGAUCCAGACUCUGCUGAAUGCAAGCUGUGACAACAUGCUGAUAGGCAUAAAGUCUCUGAAAAUAGUGAAGAAGACUCUGGACACAGAUGGCUCUUGGAUGAAAGAUGCUGCCAGCAACUCUCCAAAGGUUUAUUUCUUAAUCGGAUCCAGAAAUAACACCGUUCGGGAAUUUGCAAACAUGCAGGCCCUCCUGGAAGAUAGCACCAAGCCAGGCCCCCGGAAGCUGAUCUUACCACAUUCCUGGCAGGGAACAGGCCAAGUGGUCUACAAAGGUUUCCUAUUUUUUCAUAACCAAGGGACUCCCAAUGAGAUAGUCAAAUACAAUCUGCAGAAGAGGACCGUGGAGGAUCGGAUGCUGCUCCCAGGAGGGGCAGGCCGAGCCCUGGUCUACCAGCACUCCCCUUCAACUUACAUUGACCUGGCCGUGGAUGAGCACGGGCUCUGGGCCAUCCACGCAGGGCCAGGCCUCCAUGGCCAUUUGGUUCUCACAAAAAUUGAGCCUGGCACACUUGGAGUGGAACACUCAUGGGACACUCCAUGCAGCAGCCAGGACGCUGAAGCGGGGUUCCUCUUGUGCGGGGUCCUCUAUGUGGUCUAUCGUUCUGGUGGCCACGGCCCGCAUUGCAUCACCUGUGUCUAUGACCCACGGGGCACUAUCAGUGAGGAGGAUCUGCCCAACUUGUUCUUUCCCAGGCGGCCGAGGAGUCAUUCCAUGAUCCAUUACAAUGCCAGAGAUAAGCAGCUCUAUGCCUGGAAUGAUGGAAACCAGAUCAUUUACAAACUCCAGACAAAGAGAAAGCAGCCUGUGAAGUAACGCAUUACAGCCAGAGGGAGAGCGCCUUGGCCUUGGAAACUGCUCCCCAGGACACUGAGGCCACAACCCCUUUGCAAUACUGUCUCCCUCCAAUCACACACAAUGAGAGGGUCUAGAAGUCGGAAUGCAUGUGCCUCCUCCCAGAUGUUGCUGCCUUAGAGAUCUUCCAAGAGCUUAAAGGAGAGUCUGGCAUUCAGAAAUUUUCAACAACUUCCAUUACCCGUCCAAACGUCUUGCGAUCAAGGCCCUCCACAUUCCGACCCAGUUUGCUUCCAGCCUUUUCUUUUGCUAGCAUUGACUCUAACUCCACCCACCCAACCCCUCCAAGCAGUCAGACAUGCAGGCCAUCCUCUGAUACUGCUGGCUUUUCCCUCCUCUGGCCUUUGCUCAGAUGCUUUCCUCUUUCACAAAUGCCUUUUGAUAUUCUUCCGUGUUUACUGCCUAACUAAGGUACACUUUUUUUUU